GCAGCGCUGCACUCCCGGCUGGCGCAGCAGCCUCGCGCGCUCCUGCUUCACCGCCGCGAUCAGGGGCUGCUGGUCCCGAGUACCAUGUGUGACGGCGCCCUGCUGCCUCCUCUGGUGCUGCCCUUGCUGCUGCUGCUGGUCUGGGGACUGGAUCCGGGCACAGCCCUCGGCGACGCGGCGGCCGACGUGGAGGUGGUGCUCCCGUGGCGGGUGCGCCCGGACGAAGUGCACCUGUCGCCGCUGCCCGGCGCUCCGGGACCCCGAAGGCGGCGGCGACCCCGCGCGCCCCCCGCAGCCCCGCGCGCGCGGCCCGGAGAGCGCGCCCUGCUGCUGCACCUGCCGGCCUUCGGGCGCGACCUGUACCUGCAGCUGCGCCGCGACCUGCGUUUCUUGUCCCGUGGCUUCCAGGUGGAGGAGGCGGGGGCUACCGGGCGCCGCGGACGCCCCGCCACCGAGCUCUGCUUCUACUCGGGCCGCGUGCUGGGUCACCCCGGCUCUCUGGUCUCGCUCAGCGCCUGCGGCGCCGCCGGCGGCCUGGUGGGCCUCAUCCAGCUUGGGCAGGAGCAGGUGUUGAUCCAACCCCUCAACACUUCCGGAGCCCCAUUCAGUGGACAAGAGCAUCUGAUCAGGCGCAGAUGGUCCUCGAAACCCAGCCCAUCUGCCGACACCCAGGUCCCUGGGCAGCUCUGCAAGGUGCUGACAGAGAAGACACCCAGAAACGCCAGGCCAUCCCAGGUGUGGCGGGAGCGGAGGAACGCCAUCCGGCUCGCUGGCGAGCACACCGUGGAGACCCUGGUGGUGGCGGAUGCCAACAUGGUGCAGUACCAUGGGGCGGAGGCUGCGCAGAGGUUCAUCCUCACCGUCAUGAAUAUGGUAUACAACAUGUUUCAGCACCAAAGCCUGGGAAUUAAAAUUAAUAUUCAAGUUACCAAGCUUGUCCUGCUACGACAGCGCCCGGUCAAGUUGUCCAUUGGACACCAUGGGGAGCGGUCCCUGGAGAGCUUCUGUCACUGGCAAAAUGAGGAAUACGGAGGCGCUCGGUACCUGGGCAAUAAUCAGGUCCCAGGGGGGAAGGAUGACACACCCCCCGUGGAUGCUGCUGUGUUUGUGACCAGGACAGAUUUCUGCGUUCACAAAGACGAGCCAUGCGAUACUGUUGGAAUUGCUUACUUAGGAGGUGUGUGCAGUGCUAAGAGGAAAUGUGUGCUUGCCGAAGACAAUGGUCUCAAUUUGGCCUUUACCAUCGCUCAUGAGCUGGGCCACAACCUGGGGAUGAACCACGACGACGAUCACUCAUCCUGCGCCGGCCGGUCCCACAUCAUGUCGGGAGAGUGGGUGAAAGGCCGGAAUCCCAGCGACCUCUCUUGGUCCUCCUGCAGUCGAGAUGACCUUGAAAACUUCCUCAAGUCCAAGGUCAGCACCUGUUUGUUGGUCACUGACCCCAGGAGCCAGCAUGCAGUGCGCCUCUCUCACAAGCUGCCUGGCAUGCACUACAGUGCCGACGAGCAGUGCCAGAUCCUGUUUGGCACCAACGCCACUUUCUGCAAAAACAUGGAGCAUCUGAUGUGCGCUGGACUGUGGUGCCUGGUAGAAGGAGACACGUCCUGCAAGACCAAGCUGGACCCUCCCCUGGAUGGCACCGAGUGUGGGGCAGACAAGUGGUGUCGAGCAGGGGAGUGUGUGAGCAAGACCCCCAUCCCGGAGCAUGUGGACGGAGACUGGAGCUCGUGGGGCAGCUGGAGCAUGUGCAGCCGGACGUGUGGCACGGGAGCGCGCUUCCGGCAGAGGAAAUGCGACAACCCCCCCCCUGGGCCUGGAGGCACACACUGCUUGGGUGCCAGUGUGGAGCAUGCAGUCUGUGAGAACCUUCCCUGCCCUAAGGGUCUGCCCAGCUUUCGGGACCAGCAGUGCCAGGCUCAUGACCGACUGACCAACAAGAAGAGCCUGUUGACAGCAGUGGUGAUUGAUGAUAAGCCUUGCGAGCUCUACUGCUCACCGCUCGGGAAGGAAUCACCGCUGCUGGUGGCUGACAGGGUCCUGGAUGGCACCCCCUGCGGACCCUAUGAGACAGACCUCUGUGUGCAUGGCAGGUGCCAGAAAAUUGGCUGUGAUGGCAUCAUUGGGUCUGCGGCCAAGGAAGACCGGUGUGGUGUUUGUAAUGGCGAUGGCAAGACCUGUCGCGUGGUGAAAGGUGACUUCAGCCACUCCCGAGGGACUGUCAAGAACAGUCUUUGUACGAAGGUGUCCACAUGUGUGAUGGCCAAGGCGGUUCCCAAGUGUUUCUCAUGUUAUAUAGAAGCUGCUAUUAUUCCUGCUGGAGCUCGGAGAAUCCGCGUGGUAGAAGAUAAACCUGCUCACAGUUUUCUGGCUCUCAAAGACUCCAGUAAGAGAUCCAUCAACAGUGACUGGAAGAUAGAGCUCCCAGGAGAGUUUCAGAUUGCAGGCACGACCGUCCGCUACGUGAGAAGGGGGCUGUGGGAGAAGAUUUCUGCCAAGGGACCAACCAAAACUCCACUGCAUCUCAUGGUGCUGUUAUUUCAUGACCAGAAUUACGGAAUUCAUUAUGAAUACACUAUUCCUGUGAACUCCACUGCUGAAAAUCAAAGUGAGCCCACCAAGCCCCAGGACGCCCUGUUCCUCUGGACCCACAGCGGCUGGGAAGGGUGUAGCGUGCAGUGCGGAGGAGGGGAACGCAGAACCAUCGUGUCAUGCACACGGAUUGUUAACAAAACCACAACUCUGGUGAAUGACAGUGACUGUCCUCAAACAAGCCGACCCGAGCCCCAGGUCCGAAGGUGCAACUCACACCCGUGCCAGUCACGCCUUGCAGAGCAAUGAAAUGCACACGCAUGCUGCCACCGAGGGACCGUGCUAUGCUGAGUGAAAUACGCCACUCACAAAGGAACGGACACUGUGCCGCUCCACUUCUGAGGGCCCUCGAGGAGUGAUUGGCCGGGGCUUCAUGGGGAGGGGAAUACGUUGAAUGGGUGAGCACAGGAUCAUUAACUAGCCUUUCACAGCGUACCUUUCUCUCUCUUCCUCCCUUCUCCACCCCUCUCCUUCCAUCCUUUUCCUCCCUUCCUUCCACCCUCCUUUCCUUCUUUAUUCUUUCCCUGGCAAUAAGAGCCAGCUAAUGGGUCCCAGGGCCUUUCAGGAAAACGGGCAGGGCUCAGAUCCUGGGCAGUCCCCCGUGGUAAGCUUCCGGGUUGAAUGGCCACACUCUAACCUAGCAAAAGGUUUUUCAAUCAGAAUUUGUAGUUGAAAGUCACUGCUUUUCGUGAUCCACACUGUUAGCCCUACAAAAGAGAGUCCAUGCAUCGCUGGGAAGCAGAAAUACCUACCUGCUUGCAGAAAAAGCUCUCAUUCAUUCACAGCCUUGUAUGAUACACUUCAGAUUCUCACUUCCUCUUUUUCAAAAAGCAAAUAUGUGAAUAACGCUACUUUUCAAGGAAAUGGAUAGGAGAACUCAUAAUUCACAGGUUUUAAGUGGCGACUUCACGGGCGCUGUAAAGAGGCCACGUUGGUUCCCCUGGGAAAACAUCACAGCCCGCUGGUUAAGGCGCCUUCACACCUCCUCACUGUCCUCUUUGUAGACAUCUGUCCAAUAAAAGCAGCCACGAAUCUUCAACGACUAUAAAUGGCACAUGUGAAAGUUGUGUCCUGAGGUUCCCAUCGCAAAGCUGCUGGCUCCGGCCUGCCAGGAGCUGGGAUCCGGACUCAGCCUCCAGGGACCCUGGAAUCUGACGCUGCCCACGAUCUUUGGGGCAUUGUGUGGGGAGGGCCGUGGCCCCUGCUUGGCUCCUCACUCUCAGUAUUCUGGAGGACAUGGCUGUAGGUGCCCUGGAACCCACAGUAAAUACCCACAGUAAGGCAAAUCCAAACCCAGCCAGUAGCAGCCCUGAGCUAGCGAGGGAGAGCAGAAGCUUACGUCCUUGGAGCCUAUCCUGCCAGGCAUGGCCCAGUCACUUUUCCUGCUGGGUGUUGCCAUCUAGGCCUCACAAAUGGGCACACAGCGCUGGCCACUCACAUGCCAGAGGCACUCGAAGCUCGGAGGAGCAAAGUGAUUUGCACCGAGUUGCAUGCGUCACUCUUCAAGCAGAGGCCUGGAAUCUGCCAGUGUGUACCCGCUGCAGACAGAACACCGUACAGGUGUCUCGUUUCUUUGCUUUGAUUAAGUGAGCCGGUGUAGGUAACCUUCCCAGCCACAUGAGACAUGGGUAGAGUCAGUGCUGAAUCCCACAGGUCAACCACUUCUUAGCUCAGGUUGUGACUGAAAGCUGUCAAAAAUAAGUGACCACUCCAUGUCCUCUUUUUUUGUUACCUGUAUUUAAUGUAAAAGAAUUGUGUUUGAAGAAUGUGACUUGGACAAUGCCGUAUUUCUUGGGACAGCAAAAGACACAUCUGUGAGUAGGCUUCACCAGGCCUUUGUCUAGUUUAAAUCUCAGCCAAAUAGAGUUAUGAAUAAAAGCGGAUAUUGAAUAGAAGCUGAGCCUUUUCGGAAGUGUGGAUGAGGCAGGGUUGUAGUAGACAGCCUCAGAGCUCCCGAGGAUGUCCGUGUACUGAUCUUUGGGACCUGUGUACGUGCUGGGUUGCGGGGAAUUGAGGUUAAAGGUGGACGUGAGGUCGUGUGCUGGGUUGAAUUGGAUCCUCUAAGGGAGGUGCAUUAAAUCCUAACUCCUAGAAUCUCAGAAUGCGAUUGUAUUCGGAAAUAGAAUUAUUCCGAUGUACUUAGUUGAGAUCUUGCUGAAGUAGGGUAAGGCUCUAAUAUGUCCGGUGUCCAUAUAUAUAAAAACACAGUGGUGGAAGGACACCAACACACAGGGAGGACGUGUUGGGAAGUUGAAGGCAGAGACUGGAGUGACAGUUCUGCAAACCAAGAGCACAGAGGAUUGCUAGCCAUUUCCUGUGCCUAAGUAAGGAGUACCAAAAACCUCCUCCAUCAGAGCCCUAAGGAAUCAACCCUCAUGAUAUGUGGAUUCGGGGCUUCUGGCCCCCCAAACUGUGAAAUAGUAAGUUUCUGUUGUUUAUGCCCCCCUGGCUUGUAUUUUUUUUCAACUGUCCUAGCCAACACACACAGGUGGCCUCAGCUGGCAGAGAACUAAUCCUCGGUUGUGUACCUGGAUCCAGUGUGAUCAAACAGGAGCUUGAAAGUUAGGGAGGAAGACAGGAGAGAAGGUGGCGUGCCUGGCUCCCUGACACUCCUGGCUCUGGAGGUGGAGGAAAGGGCCUGAAUCAAGGGUUGGGGUAGCAUCUAAAACCUGGAAAAGACAGCAUGGAACAGGCUCUUCCCAAGCAACUUCCAGGCAUAACCAGCCCUCUCAAUACACUGAUUUUAGACAAGCAAAGCCUCUGUCGCAUUUCCAGUCUCCAGGACUGUAAAACAAUAAAUUGAUCAUGCUUGAGGCCAUUGGGUUUGUUAUACCAGCAAAACAGAAAAGGAUACAGGGUGUCACACACAGUCACCGAACAACCCAGAGUACGUCAUUAGAACAUUAGAAUGUCAUAGCUUGUACAAAUUGAGCAUUGCUACUCUGAAAAUCUGAAAUUUCAACCCCAAAUCCAAAAUAUGUUAGUGCCAUCCUGAGGUCAUGAGUGAAAAAAAAUUCCACCCCGACUUCCUGUGAUGGGUCACAAUCAAAAUAUAGGCACACUCAAAAUGGUAUAUAAAAUUACAUUUAGGCUAUGCAAAUAUGGUAUAUACAAAACAUAAGUGACUAUCAUGUUUAGGCUUGGUCCCGUCCCCUAGAUAUCUCAUUAAGUGUGUGCAAAUAUUCCAAAGUCCCCAAAAAUCUAAACUGAAAUGCUUCUGGUCCCAGCAUGCAGAUAAGAACUGUUUGACCUGUCUGUGCACAGAAACAGUCUCUAUGGAUAGAGGAGUGGAUUCCAAGCUGACCUCUUCACAGGAGGAGGAAAAGGGUGAUCUGAGUUAGAGAAGUGUUAACUGCCUUCUAAAGAAUUACAAUUUUGCCGGGGGUUAGCUCAGUGGCAUAAGUGUCUGCCUGGUAAGCGCUAGGUCAUGAGUUCCAUUCCCCAGUACAAAAGAAAAAAAGAAAGAAUUAUAGUUUUACAGCUCCUAAGAAGAGCUGCUAAAUCAAACUUGGUUAAUAAAUGUAGCCAUAAAGUUCUUUUAGGGGACACAAGUGAAAAAAGGCAAGACUUACAGUGUCAUUGCAGCAUAGAUUGCUUUAUGGAACUGCAGUACCUUCCCCAAGUUACAGGAUGGAUUUACAAGGAAAGAGAUUGGACCGUGAUGCUCAGUUGGAGAACAGUGCACAAAUGUGAGUGUGACUCCUGUAGCAUAGCUGUUCUGGUGAGAUGGUUUCGUUCAGCCAGCAGAGAUAGCUUUUGAAUGCUACCUUUCCCCCACACCUCUUUGAGGUAUCUAUUGAGAACAAGAACUGGAAUAUAGUGAAUCAGACUGCAGAUAUUUAUGCGUGAAGCUGAGAGACCCUUCUGUCAAUGGCUCAUUUCCCAUCUCUGGGGAAAGCACAUUAUCAGCAAAGCAGGAAACUGAUCUUUUCUAUUCUGUCAUGUUUGGCUGCCUGGCGCACUGGAAAUGCUCCGUUUCUCUGGCCUUCCCCUACGAUUCCCUUCUAGCCACCACCUGUUUCUUUUUCAUUUUGAUAAAACUAAAAUGACAAGAUUCCACAGCUUAACCAUUUUUAAAAUUUGCUUGGUUAGACAGAUCGCAUUCAUCAUAGGGAAUUUGUACCUGUACAUUACGUAUCUUGCUUCCUUUUUUCCCAUUCCCCGCUCCUCCCUUCACCCCUCUUCCCUUCCUUAUUUAUAAAAGCUCUGUUUCCAUUUUUCCUUCUAUUCUCUUUUCUUCUCCCUUCCUCCCCUUUCCCAUUCCUCCCUCUAUUGUUCACCUUUGCAUUUGAACAUUUUUUCCCAUUUCCCAAUUAUCUAUUAUGCAUGUAGGCCUUUACUUGUAUUUUCAAUUUCUUAUGAAUUUUUCCAGGUGUUCUUUGCUGUGGAAGUAUCUUAUUUCUCCAUCAAUUUUGAAAGACAGUUUUGGGGGAUACACUAGUAUAGGCUUGAGUUUUUCUUCACUCCAAUUUCUCUUUGAUUUGAGGGUUUGAUUGAGAUGUCUACCAUAGUUCUGAUGGGCUUUCAUCUGUAAGUAAUGUUUUUCUGUUCUCUAACUUUUAAUAUUAUGUUCUUGUAUCGAUUCUGGAAUCUUGAGUAUUAUAUGCCUUGGUGUCUUGGACACUUUUGUGGCUGAGACAAAAUACCUGAUGCCCAAAAUAAAGGAAGGAAAGAUGAGUUUAUUCACAGUUUGUGGAGGUUUCAGUGCAUGAUCAGCUGGCUUCAAGCAGAGUGGCGUGGCAGAGGAGCAACAGUUCAUUGCUGUGGAAAACAGCAAAAGCAACGAGAGCAAAAAGGAGGAGUGAGGGAUCAAGCCUCUCUCCCUCUCCUACACUGUAUGCAGGCUACCUGCCCCGGGGCAGGUGUGGCACUCACACCUCUAAUCCCCGUAUUGGACCAUGAAUCAGUCACAAAGUAGAAACCUGCCUCCAUGCCUGCAUGAGGCUUUGGGGGGACAUCGAGACACAAACCAUAGCACUUAGUAUAGAAUUGUUUUUUUUAUUAUGGGUGAUUAGAGUUCUAUAUACCUCACUUAUUGUAUGUCCAAUUCUUUUUCCAUGCUUUGAAAGUUUUCUGUCAGUACUACUGUGAACAAAUUUUUUAAUGUUGUUUGUGCUGUCUGUCUUCUGCUUUUUUGUUGGCUCUGAUCAAUCUCACAUUAUGUUUUGUAUCAUCUAGCAGCUGUUGGAUUGAUUUUUCAUGGUCACUUGCUGAUUUUAGGACAUCUUUCUUCUCAUGAUUGCUAACUGCAGUCCUGUUUUCUGUCUGAUAUUCUCUCCUCAUAUUGGCUCAUUCUAAUACAUACACUUUGAAUGGACUUUUUAAUCUGGUAUCUGUUAAUCUGUUUCAGGGAUUCUAUUCCUUUCCUAUGUUGAGUAUUCAUAGUUUCCCUUGUUUUCCUAAACUCCUCUAUUUUUUUUUUAUCUGAAUCUGCUCUAGAGUCAGUAACCAUGUCCUUCAUUAUGGUUACCAUCUGUGGUUUUUUGAGAAAUUAUUUCUGAUUUGAUUUUUUUUCUAGAGCCUAGUUCAUCUGCUUUGUUACUGCCUCUCUUACCCUCCAGAGAGUUCAGGUGGUGGCCUCUGUAUUGUUCCACCUCAUUUCCCCCUAGGUUUGCCUUUAGUGAGCUGGAAGUCUUCAGUUACAUCUUGCUUCCAUGUCUUCUCAUUUUCUUUCUCUCUUAUUUUUUAAGUUUACUUUCUGGAUUGAUCCUUGUAAGCUGUUUAUGAUAAGUAGAGUUAUUGCUGCUGUUGAGGACACUUAGGAAAUGGCUAUGUCUUAUAGAUGUCUUCCAGGUGUGACUGGCUUUUUGAUUUUGAAUCUGUUUCAAAAUCCUGCCUCUUCGGUUUAUUGGGGAUGAGAAAUUGUUACCUGUCCGGACUCACCCCUGGUUCUUUGGCACUAGCCUAGGGUAUCACUUAUUACCCUUAGGCAAUCUCCAUCUUGGCAUACUGAUGCCAAGAACCAGUGAUGACUGCACUGAUGUCACCUUACAGUAGUACAAUCAGUGAUGACAAUAGCAUCAAACACAGCCUAGAAAAUGACAGACUGUCGUAACUAUUAAUUGGCCACCUUUAACCAUAUAAACUAUAUUUGUGGUUAUAUAACAAAAUCUAAAACAAACCAAAAAAUGUGUACAGUAAGUAUGCCCACAGGAGAGAAAAUUUAAAAGAGGUUAAUGGGGGAAAUAUAGAGACAGAAGAACAUGAAGAGAUUAGAUGCAAGAUGGAGGAAAAGAGAAAAUUAUGUGAAUUUUGCAAAAUUAAUGAGACGGGGGAAAAGAGGGAAAAAAUAAGAACAACAACAAAAAAAGUAGAAAUAAUGUUCACACUCAUAUAAGAACAAGAACAAACAAAUAAAAUUAUCCACAUCAGGGUAUAUCUCUGCUGUCACUGGUAGACAGAGUAGGCAAACAGACCCCAGAUCCAUGUUGAUUAAUCCCAGCAAGCCAGCCGUAGAUUUACAGCAAGGUAGUGGAUAAUCCCCACAAGCCUGCAACUUUAGUUUCACUGAAGUUCAGGAUGGUUUCUGACUGUGAGGCUGGAACCCAAUUUGUUUGGCCUGCAGCACCCCAUAUGCCUGCUGCCAGCUUAAACUGGGCUGUCUGCCUGCUGAACUUGGCUCCUCGACCUCCUUUUGACUUUCAUUCGGUACCACCUUACCGUGACGCUGGAGCCACUAGAUGAAGCCAAACCACAACUACUCUGAGUGCUGAGCUCAGUUGGCCGCUCUCCAAUAUGGCGGCCAGACAAUUGUCCUCUCCUGGGGGACAUCUGAACCUGAAUAAUUCAUCAGCCACUGCACUCUGCCGCAUCCUUUGCCCUCCCUGUUCCAUCGAUGCGUGUCUCCAUGGAGGCCUCUGGGGUCAUCAGUCAUCACUAUGCCUCUGCAGGUUUGAGCUCUGGGAGGCUGUUUCCCUGCUGUUCACCACUGCACCAUCUUCCCACAAGUCUCUUGACCAUUUUUAAGUGUGUGCAUAUUGCAGUAUAAACUCUGCACAUUGCUGUCUGCCCAUCAGCACCAUCCAUCUGCGGAACGUUUUCAUCUCCCCACACUGAACUCUGACCUCAUUAAACAGAACCCCGCCCCCGCCUCAACCACAGCUCUUGAAAGCCACCAUUCUGCUCUGUGUCUCUGAAAUUGAGUAGUCUAGGUACCUCGGAUAGAAUUACAGAGCAUCUGUCCUCUUGUGACCAGGUUAUUUCAACGAGCAUAAUGUCUUCAGAUUUGCUAGGCUGUAACCUGUGCCAACUUUUCCUUCCUUUCAUUUUCCUCCUGGACUCUCUUUCCCUGCCAAUAAGGCAUCUAAAGUUAUCAGUGGAGCAGAAAGCAUAGGAAACAUCCAGGUGGGGACUGCAGAACCUCACUCAGCUCUUUCCCUAUCUCUUGUGUCCUAUAUGUGAUCUUGUUUAAGCCACAGCCGCCGCCCACAUUCAUUAGAGCACAAGCCUGGUCACAUGCCUGUGAAGGGGGUGCAUGCCAUGCCGUGCAUCCCCAGGGAUGGUGAUGCUCCCAUAAGGAGGACAGGAAGGGACAAAAUCAAGUACACAGCUAUUUUCACACGAGGGAUCCGCAUAAUAGCACCCAGGAAGUCUCACCCCAAACCCUGACUUUGUAUGCACAAAGUCAGCUGCAGAACUGCAGGACAAAGAUCGGACUAGGAGUUAGUCCAUGCAAUGCAAAAAGAGUAAGAAAGUGAGGAGAUAAAGCUUAAUAGAGGAUCAAUUGGCUAUUUUAAAAACCUAAAAAGAGGACAAACUUGGGCAGCAUUGAUGAAGACGGCAUCUCUAUUUUUAAGAAGGUGAUCAUGUUCAAUCCUGCUUUCAGACCUGUACCUGGACCUUUCUGUCCAUUUUAAGAACAGUAGUGACUGAUUAGAAAACUAUAGUCAGGAUGGCAGGGAUCAAGAAUUUAUGCCUUUCAAAGAUAAGAACAAGGGAAAACACUUAGAUUUCAGUCCAGUUUAUUUUUGAGUGUUGUUUGAGCAGCCAGAAGACUCUGGGAUAAGAACCUGGCUCAGCGCCCUGGGAGUUCACCAUCACUUCCCAAGGGACAGUGGCAGCAAUCAUAGCCAACAGCACGAGGGCCUGUGCGUGCCAGGUACUGGGACUUAUAGGCAGUAAUCACCCCAGGGUGGGUACUGUUGUCUUUGUCCCCUUCCCCCCCCACAUUAAGUGGUGGAUCCAAGGAGCCGAGCUCUGCUAACUGGAAGAGGUGAGUAAGAGCCGGAUGCUACUACUUAGUGCCAACUGGAAGGACUCACUGGAUAUUUCUAAACUGUGGAGUGACAUGGCAUGAUCAGAGUUCAUUUUAAGGAGAAUUCAGGGUUAUUUUAAUUAAUGAGGAAGGGUGACGUGUCCGCCCAAGAUUUGCAUCCAUCGGUAGAUCUGUUUUGACAAACAGUGAGCACUUGGGAUCUACGAGUGUAGGUUAAGCUUACCAGCUCACCCAAGGGCCAAAUAGGAGAGAUUUCUUAUCCCUAAAGGAACAUUGUGAGCCCUUCUUUACCUGAGGAAUCAAGAUUCCCAUACCGCUUUCCAGCACCCUGCCACUGGUAGACCCCAGAUCAUGAAAGCAUUGGGCAGGUGGGUGAAGAUUUAGAGGAGCACUUCCAAAUGUCAACUUCUUCCGUCUCUGUCUUUCGACGACCCACAAGGUACCAGUCUCAAGAGUUACCAUCUCCACUCUGGAGGGGCCACUGUCUCUGGAAGGCAGGAAGCCCUGGUCCUUUGUCAAAGGUUGCAUUAGUCAGCUUGUGCUCCAGUACAAAGAGCUCCCUCUUGCAGUGCCCUAUAAAAGUGUCAUGGUUCCAUGGCAGAAAGCAGGAAACAGAAUCAAGCCAAAGUUCAUCGCCACAUCCAAAAAUCCUGCCUAGUACUUGGCCAGCAGCAUGUCCCCUCACAUACCAUUGAACAGAGCACACCCCGUGGAACCAUGGGACAUAGCACCACCCACUCUGUGGAGCCAGGGACUUAACUCAGCGGUGUAAGCAUCUGCCUGGCAAGUGCUACGUCAUGAGUUCAAUCCCUAGUACCAAAACCCUAAACAACAACAACAACAAAAAACCAUUCCACGUAACCCACCCUAUAACAGGGUGAUGUGCACAGAGGGCUUUCUGUACCGAGAAGAUGAUCUUAGACUAGGUGAACAUUCAGGUGCCUCGGUUCCAUACUGUGGAAUUAUUUCAAGACCCUUCAGGAAGGCACUGCUAGGUUGGGAGGCUGGCCUUUCCUCCCGUUUUCUCACUGUCUUUUCUCUCU